GGUUUCUUCCUUUCUCCUUCCAAAAAAGAAGUCCCGGGUGGACGCCUCUCCCCCUUUCCCUCUCCCAUUUUUUAUGUGUAUAAAACCCCGUCCUCCUCCUUUGUGGGGAAGAGUCUGAGCGGGCACAGGGAAGCAACCCUCCGGGAAGACCUCGUUGAGGUCUGCUGUGAAAAGAAAAUGGCCGAGCAGCAGCGAUUUCCUUCUGUUGUUCAGAAAUUGUCAGGGCAAUCAUACCUCUACUCGAGAAUCUCUCCAAAUGUGCAGAACCGAAAUGCCAGCAUGCAUCAUAUGUCUACCAUGAGCCAUGUGGCAGCUGUUUAUAGCAACGGUGGCUUGCAGAAUGCAUUGCCUGCCUCUCCGAUCUUUGUGCAGGCACCAUCAGAGAAAGGGGUUGCUGGGUUCAUGGUUGAUUUUCUCAUGGGUGGUGUCUCUGCUGCAGUUUCAAAAACAGCAGCUGCUCCAAUUGAGCGUGUGAAGCUGUUGAUUCAGAACCAGGAUGAGAUGAUCAAAGCGGGUCGUCUUUCGGAGCCCUACAAGGGAAUUGGUGAUUGCUUCGGCCGUACAAUCAAGGAUGAGGGUAUGAUCGCACUGUGGAGAGGAAACACCGCCAAUGUCAUCCGUUACUUUCCUACCCAGGCACUGAACUUUGCUUUCAAGGAUUACUUCAAGCGCCUUUUCAACUUCAAGAAGGACAGGGAUGGGUACUGGAAAUGGUUUGCUGGAAACUUGGCAUCUGGUGGAGCGGCCGGUGCCUCUUCUCUGCUGUUUGUGUAUUCCUUGGACUACGCCCGUACUCGUCUAGCAAACGAUGCAAAGGCUGCGAAGAAGGGAGGGGAAAGGCAAUUCAACGGCCUGGUUGACGUGUACAGGAAAACCAUUAAGUCGGAUGGCGUUGCUGGACUUUACCGUGGGUUCAACAUCUCCUGUGUUGGAAUCAUCGUGUACCGUGGUCUGUACUUUGGAAUGUACGAUUCCUUGAAGCCCGUGGUGUUGGUCGGACAGCUGCAGGAUAGCUUCCUUGCAAGUUUCCUCCUUGGUUGGGGAAUCACAAUUGGAGCUGGACUGGCAUCCUACCCGAUUGACACAGUUCGUAGAAGGAUGAUGAUGACCUCUGGGGAGGCUGUGAAGUACAAGAGCUCCAUGGAUGCCUUCUCCCAAAUCUUGAAGAACGAGGGAGCCAAGUCCCUGUUCAAGGGUGCCGGUGCCAACAUUUUGCGUGCAGUGGCUGGUGCUGGUGUGCUAGCUGGCUACGACAAGCUGCAGGUUAUCGUCUUUGGCAAGAAGUACGGAUCCGGAGGCGGGGGCUAAUGGGUUGUUAUAUCCCCCCUUUUUUCAGAGAUACUGAUGAAAAAAUAAGCCUACAAGUGAACUUUUUUGCAUUUUGGUCGGAGUGAAUUUUUUCCGUUUAUCAUUAUUGGGAAGGCUGUGCCGUUAUCGGCAUAUUUUUUGUCUCCUCUUUUGUUUUUUAAAUAAUUCCAUCGAACUUAUUCCGAAACCUCUUUUUGUGUCUUGCUCUUUGAAUUCUUCAAUCUUCUAUAAUGUUCUUGAUGACAUUCUCUUCCUUUCUUUUCUGAAGGGGAUGAUGAUAUGUGAAUGAAAUGAUUAUAGGCUGUUGAAUGUUUCUCUA